AUGUCGUUCCGAAGGAGUGUUUUGGCCCAGAUGAUCAUCUGUGGUAUCAUUGCACUGCUGGGUCCUGGGUUAUGGAACGCGAACAACUCGCUGGGCGCAGGUGGUGCACUUGAGCCGUAUCUAGUAUGUUAA